AUGAAAAACCGGGCCUACGGGAAGCUCGCCAUUGCCACAGCAGCCAUUCUCGGAAUCAUCACACUCGGGGCACUGAUAUACCUGCUGGUGUGGUACAUUCGACGAAGCCUCCGCGUCCGACGGCUUCGCCGUAAGGAGAAUCGGAAAAAUGACCAAUUCGACCAGUCCACAGUGUCCCUAGCCGAAGACACAAGCAGGACGCUAGACGACUUCCUCAUGAAGGAUAUCCAGCCCGAGCGGAAUUCAAUCAUCUUCAGCAGGAGCGGAUCUCCACCCAUCACCAUCGUCAUUGACAACGCGGACGAGGCUGCCCGCUGCAAGUCUCCACCUCAGCCUCACCUUAUAGAAAAUCACGCUGCAUAUACUCAGAGCUGGACACCGAUCUCGCCCCAAGAAUCGGAUCCUGAUGAACCACGGUCAGACCAGACCGAGUGGAGCAGCUCGGGACAGCGUUCUUCAAGCUCGACGCCAAGAGCAUCUACCUCCUCGUCCAUCGUCCCAACAUUGCGAUCAUCACAAAUCUGGACUACGACCUCUGCUACCACGCCGUCGGACCAGACACAGACGAGCAGCUUGGGACAGCGUUCUUCAAGCUCGACGCCAAGAGCAUCCAUCUCGUCGCCUGUCGUCCCAACAUCGGGAUCCUCCCAGGCUUGGACUACGACUUCUGCCGGGACUGAGACGGUUUCGCUCCUUAGUCGAUCUUCGAACCAUUCCCGUCUCCCUCAAAGUCCCACUAGCCCAUCUGCCUCACGCGGACCACAUAUAUAUACACGUCGGUCGAAUGCUUCUGGUACAUCGAGUCGGCCAUCUAGUACAGGUAUUUUACAGUCUGCAUCCCGCAUGUUCAAUGAGGCGGAGGCUUCUCGGAUGGCUUACUCGAGUAACAUCGGCUCUGUUCGAUCAAUGAGUCCCACUUCUCCCGUUUCUCCUGUGUUGGUGGACAUUUCAGCUGAAAGUGAUCCGCCUCAAUGGACCUCGGUUCCCCCGACUCCCUUUCCUUUCAGUCAGCUAUAA